AUGGUCAACAGCUGCGUCAUCUGCGGAGAGGAAGAGGGCGAGGAGACGCUCCUACUACGGCUACCAUGCGACCGUCAUUACGUUUGCCGAGAAGACGUGGGAGAUUUCUUCGUCCGCGCCACUGAGAGCGAGAGCCUCUAUCCCCCGCAAUGCUGUGGUCAGAUAUUGAUGCUAGAUGAGUGGAUGGACCAUGUACCUUUCGAGGUCCAAUGGGCGUUCCAGGCUAAGGAACAGGGCGAAUACGCCGUACUGCCAAAGUUCCGGGUGUACUGCGCGGACGCAUCUUGCGCUCAAUUCCUCAGCCCGGCCAACCACAUUACGGAUUCGGGCACGAAGAUAACAUACGCGAUCUGCGAGGCCGAUGGCUGUUGCAAGAUCACGUGCGUGUCCUGUAAGUUGCUACUCGAUAACGGUCUUCAAGCCCACAAAUGCGAGAUAACCGAAAUCGAGAAGAAGUUCAAGCAGACCGUCGAAGAAAAAGGCUAUCAGGAGUGCUUUGUCUGCGGACGGACUGUCGAGCUCGCCGAGGCCUGUAACCACAUCACCUGCGAGUGCGGAAAUAGUUUCUGCUAUAUCUGCGGCAAAGACUGGCCCGGUAUACACGGCUGCCCACAGUACGGUCCGGCCCACUACGACGAAGAAGGUUACAACCAGGAUGGUUUCCACAAAGAGACUGGACUGAACCGCGAGGGCCUGACGCGACGCCAGCAAUGGAUACAAGAUCAAGGCGAGGAGGCAGAGGAAGAGUCCGAUGAAGAAGACGAGGAUGAAGAUGUGUUACAACAUGUGGAUAACGACCGCAGGGCCAUGAUUAACAAUUUGCCCCCGGAUGUGCGCGCCGAAACCUUGAUGAUGCUGCGCAUUGAGCUCUUCCAGACGCAGGGUAUCACGUUCAAUCAGCCUCAGCCCGGAGGUCAUGGCCAAGCACACCCUGACGACGAGGAGGAAGACGAGGACGAUGAGGAGCAGGAGGAGCAGAAUGAUGAAGAGGACGAGGAGCAAGACGAUGAAGAGGACGAAGAGCAGGAUGAUGAAGAAGACGAGGGUGAAGACGAAGAAGAGUACGAAGCAGAAGAUGAGGACCCUGAAGCGGAUGGAGACGGCGACAAUCAGGGCGAGACAGACACAGUCGGAGAGCCGUUCCCUCGUCCGGAAGACCCAUUGGCGGAUGAAGCCGACCGUGACGACGAAGAUAUGGAGGCCGGCCAAGGAGCUGAUGAAGAUGACGCCGACCACUUCAUCGACGAGGCCCCCCUCGUGGAGGAGCGUUUCGCGGACGACCAAUUCGACGACGACGGUUUCAACUCGGACAUAGGUGAAGAAUAUGAUCGCAUGUAUGCUCGCAUGGGAAGAUCCAACAACGGCUCCCUGAACGUGCCCCUCGUACCCAACAACGCGUCCUCGGAGACAGAUUCCAAUGAUGCGCAGCCUCCGACUCCGCAGCCUACUACUCUGCCUGGUGACCCAAUGGACCUGAGCGAGUCUAAGAUCGACGAUGAUAGUACAGAAGGACCGGUCUAUGGACCACACAGUGCCUGGGACGAUGAGGGCGAGUUAUAA